AUGGUCUGGUCCGGCCGUCAGCUGAGCGCCUGGCGCGGCGGCGGCGACUUGGCCCUGCGAUUAUCCUCGAACAACACCUGGGCCCGGGACGCUGCACCCCCAAAAACCGACGACCUGCUGCGCGUCGUCGGCGGCGAGCGCGAGUCCUGGCGGGCCCUGCCGCCGCCGGAGCCCCUGGCGCCGCGGCGCCACCGCCACGAGGUGCUCGUCGAGGCCGCGCGGCGCGAGGAGGGCGCGGCCAUGCCGCGGGGCGCGCGCCUGCGCGCGCAGACCGCCGCGGAGGGGAAGCUGCGGGAGCUCCGGCGCGAGCGCGACUCCGCGUCUCGGUGUCGGAGGCCCCGGAAGAAAACAACACCAACGAGCGCGCCGAAGCCGCCGCGGCCGAAGAAGUGGGCCCUGGCGACGCCCGCGGCGGCCGCGUCCGGCCGCGCGGCCGCUCCCGCCGCGAGAAGGCGGCCGUCGCGCGAGAAGGAGAACGAGCCCGAGCUCCCAAAGUACUCGUCGCAGAGCAAGCGCCUCAAGGCGCCGCGGCCCAUCUCCGCGCCGGCCAAGCCCGCGGAGCGCCGGGGCCGCGGUAGCGAGCCCAAGCCCGCGCCGCCGCCGCCGCCCGUUCCGGCCGGCCGCGGCGAGGGCGCGGACCAGAUGAUGGUCGGCGGCGCGACGAACCCCCAGUACUGGGACGACGUCGCCGACGACUACGACGAGGAGAUCAUGGACACGCUCGCCGAGGACGUCACGAAGGUCCUGCGCAAGCGCGUCCGCGAGUGCGCGCGGAAGCUCCGGAGGGAACUGGAGCCCGGCGGCGUGCUCGUCGGCCUCGACGCGGGCUGCGGCGUCGGCAAGUGGCUGCCCUUCCUCGCGGGCUGCUGCGACGACCUGACGGCCGUCGACGUGUCGCCGAAGCUGCUCGACUGCGCCCGGCGGGACUACGACGGCGCGCCGCCCUGCGCGUUCGCCGUCGCGGAUCUGACGAGGCGCGAGUCGCUCGCGGCGUUCCCCGCGGCGCACCUCUGCGUGUCCGCGAACGUGCUCAUCGCGCCGGACCUCGGCACCUGCGGGAAGAUCCUGGCGACGACGCUCGACGCGCUGCGGCCCGGCGGCUACCUCGUGCUGCUCGUGCCGUCGAACGAGAGCGCGCGCAUGGUCGCGAACACCUACGCGAAAUACCGAGCGAAGAAGAAGAAGCUGGGCCCCUCGGACCGCCGGAACGACUUCCGGACGCUCGACGCCGUCGACGUCGCGAACUCGGUGUGGAAGCGCUGGGGCGUGCGCACGCAGUGCUACACGCUCGCGGCCCUCCGCGACUUCGUCUUCGCGGCGCCCCACGACGUCGAGGUCGAGCGCGUCGACCGCGUCUUCUACCCCUGGGACACGGAGCUCAACGACGUCCGCAUCCCGCGCGCGGAGCCGCGGCCCUACGACUGGUGCGCCGUCGUCCGGAAGCUCGACGCGCCGCCGGACGCCGCGGCGCCGAGCCGCCCGUCGAUCGUUCCAGGGCGGCCGAGACUCGAUCGACCCUCGAGGAUGGCCCUCGUGUCCACGGAGCUCGUCCUGCGCGGCGCCGACGGCGACCUCGCCCUCCGCGAGCCCGCCGGCGACCUCGCGCCGCCGGCCGUCUCGCCCGAGCGCGACACGAAAGCCCUGCGGGGCGACCCGGCCUGCUACGCGCGGGCCCUCGAGCAGACCGUCGAGGCCCAGCAGCAGGAGAUCCGGCGGGGCCGCGCGGCGGUGGACGCCGCCGAGGCCGAGGCCCUCGCCGCGGCGCGCGCCGCCGAGGCGACGAAGACGGAGCUCAUCAACGCGCGGUCGACGUACGCGAUGCGCGUCGCGGAAUUACGCGCCGCGUGCGCCGCGGAGACCGACGACCGCGUCGCGGCGGCCGUCGCCGAGGCCAAGGCCCAUGCGCGCCGCGCCGAGGGCCGCGCCGCCGAGGAGGCGGACCGCGCGGACCGCGAGGUCCGCCGCGCGGACGCGGAGGCGAAAGCCGCGCGGCGCUCGGAGCGCCGCGCGGCGCUCCUCGUCGCGCUCCUCGUCGCCGCCCUCGCCGCCCUCGGCGGCGCCGUGCACGUCGCCGCGGGCGGCGCGCGCAAGCGCGACCGCCGCGCGGCGGCCGCCGCGCGCAGGCUCGCCGCGGCCGCGCGCGCGGCCGCGGACGACCGCGACCGCGGCGCCGAGGCGCGCGCGGCCUGCGGCGGCGCCGUCGCCGACGUCGCCGCCCACGCCGCGGGCCUCGCCGAGGAGAGCUACCUCUGCGUGAGCGUCGCGGACGUCGCGGCCGUCGCGGACCGCGCGGACGCCGCGCGGAGCGCGUGCCUCUGA